AUGUUUCCACCCAUUAUGGGAUUAAAGAAACUCAAGACCCUUUCAUUCAAAGGGCACCUCAAAUUUGUUCAGUUUCCAAAGAUCCAACAAAAGAAGAUGGAGAAUUUACCACAUCUUAAUUUGGAUAAUAGUGGUGAUCAUGAGGUUGCAUCCUACAUAGAAUCGUGUUCAAAAAUUUUUGUUAAUUGUUGGAGGUGUGGUUGCAGCAAUCUUCCUGGUGUAGAAUGUUGUGUUGAGGAGCCUUGUUUAUGUCGGUUAGGGUUUUUUCACAACUUGCAAGAACUUCGUUUCUUAAGGAAGUUGGAUCUCUGCUGGAGCAAUUUGGGAGAUGAAGACAUAGGCUCUGAUGUUUUAGAGUUUCCCAACUUACAAGAACUCAAUCUAUAUGGAAAUAAGUUUUCACAGUUAAGUUUUAGUUGCUUGCGAUUUCCUCGGCUCAAAUGGCUCGACGUGUCAUUCUGCAAAGAACUUGUAGAAUUAUCAGAGCUGCCACAAAGUAUAGCUAUUGUUAUAGCGGAUUAUUGUGACUCGCUUGAAAGCUUUCGAGAUAUCUCAAACUGUAAAUGGUUGUGGAAAGUCUCACUUCGAGGGGACAACAAAGUAGGUCCACUUGUUGGUGAGAUAUUACUAGACUCCAUGCUCCAGGGGAAUGCUAUUGACAAUCAUUUUAUCAGUUUUAGUAUUCUGCAUCAGAUUCCAAAGGGGUUUGCAGGCAGGUUCUUUAGAGGGAAAACAUUUACAAAGCAUCCCCCACAUGCUAUUUGGAACCUAUUUGAUGACGACACGUUUAGACUGCGUCUUCCAGAUGAUUGGUGCAAUGACUUUUGUGGGCUUUUAAUACGUGUUGUUACCAUUGUCAGACAUCUGGAUAUAGAUGUAAUCAUCAAGCACUAUCCAGAUGAAGAAGAUUCUGGGUUUGAGAUUUGGCAGGAGUCUAAUGAGGUACCAGAGCCUGAAUAUGGUGGAGAUGUUAGGACACACGUGGGAUAUGUUUCCUUUUGUUCUUUGAGGCGGACUACAUCAUUGAGUCCAUCAUACAAUAUUAUUUCAUUUUCCAUAAAGAGCAGUUGGUCUUCGUUUGCAGCUGAGCUUGUUCCUAGAAAAAGUAAGGAUGAUCCCAUGCAAACAACAAAAGUUUCAACAGAUUCCUCAGAAUUUUGGGAUGAGGAAAAUGAUGAGUAUAAGGCAUUUAUUAUCCAAGAUGAUUCAAAGUCUUAUAUCAAUAUUAUAUGGCAAUAUAACAUCUAA